UAAACUAGCACUCUGUUUUGUGCUCAACUUUUUUCAACUUGAAAUGAAAGUAUAUAUGUAUAUGCCAUUAAUUUAUAGCUGUCAAUUCCUGAAAGAGAGAAUAGACAGUAUAUAGCUACGUUCUUGAAGAGAUCACGUAUCGAGUUAUCUGCAUAUUUCUCAAGUAAACAGAAAAAGGAAAAAGAAAGGAAAGUGAGCGAGGAGGAAAGGAUCCAUGGCAAGCGCCAAAGGCGAUUCAAUCCCUCAAUCAAGGUUUCCAGAAAAGAAUCAAGCCCACGUUGACACAAAAGUAGUAGAUGAUGAAGAAGUUGAUGAUAGUCCUGUGGAGCAAGUAAGGCUGAUAGUUCCGAUCACCGACGAUCCCACUCAACCGGUAUUGACAUUCCGAACAUGGGUUCUUGGGAUAGCAUCAUGCGCGCUUCUUGCUUAUUUGAACCAAUUUUUUGCAUACCGUACAAAUCAGCUAAUUGUUACUUCAGUUUCAGCACAAAUUGUGGUUCUCCCACUUGGAAAUUUCAUGGCUGCUGUGCUUCCCAAGAACCAAAUUACAAUUCCAUUCGCAAAAUGGUCUUUCUCAUUGAAUCCAGGGCCUUUUAAUAUGAAAGAACAUGCGUUGAUUACCAUAUUUGCAAGCUGUGGAGCCAACGGUGUUUAUGCUGUCUACAUUCUUACUUCUGUCAAGGCCUUUUAUAGAAGACCUCUUCAUCCCGCUGCCGCUAUGUUGCUAGUACAAACAACUCAGUUGCUUGGAUAUGGAUGGGCUGGCAUGUUCAGAAAGUUUCUGGUUGAAUCACCAUACAUGUGGUGGCCCGCAGACCUCGUCCAAGUUUCUCUAUUUAGGGCAUUACAUGAAAAGGAGAAGAGACCCAGAAAAGGACUCACCAGGCUGCAGUUCUUUGCAAUCGUAUUCGUGGCAAGCUUUGCUUACUAUAUCAUUCCAGGAUACCUUUUCCCUUCCAUUUCUGCUCUCUCCUUUGUUUGUUGGAUAUGGAAGGACUCGGUCCUCGCACAACAGAUUGGUUCAGGCCUAAAUGGUCUUGGUAUUGGCUCCUUUGGCGUCGACUGGUCGAGUGUUGCUAGUUUCUUGGGGAGUCCUCUUGCUGUACCUUUCUUUGCAAUCGCAAACACUAUGCUUGGGUUUGUCAUGGUGCUAUAUAUUAUUGUCCCCAUUGCUUAUUGGUCUAAUGCAUUUGAAGCUAAGAAAUACCCCAUCCUUUCCUCUCACACCUUCGACAGUGAUGGUCAGACAUACAACAUUUCACGAGUUCUUGACGAGAAAAAUUUCGAUAUUGAUCUAGUCGCUUAUAACAAUUACAGCAAGCUCUAUCUUAGUGUUCUAUUUGCCUUCGCAUAUGGAAUGAGUUUUGCAUCUCUGAUGUCUACUCUUUCACACGUCGCACUCUUUGAGGGAAAGACUAUUUGGACAAUGUGGAAGAACACUAAAAGUGCAAUCAAAGAUCAGUUUACUGAUGUUCAUACCAGACUGAUGAGGAAGAACUAUGAAGAAGUUCCUGAAUGGUGGUUUUUGAUGAUCGCAGUUGUAUCCCUAGUUCUAUCCCUUAUUGCGGUAGAAGGUUUUAAUAAACAAUUACAACUUCCAUGGUGGGGGCUUCUUCUAGCUUGUGCUAUUUCAUUUUUGUUCACGCUGCCUGUUGGGGUGGUUCAGGCCACAACAAACAUGCAAAUGGGGUUAAAUGUAAUCACGGAGCUGAUUAUCGGAUAUAUGUAUCCUGGCAAGCCCCUUGCAAACGUGGCUUUCAAAACCUAUGGCUACAUUAGCAUGGCUCAAGCACUAACUUUUAUUCAAGACUUCAAAUUAGGCCAUUAUAUGAAAAUCCCUCCCAAAGCCAUGUUCCUUGUUCAGUUAGCAGGAACACUAGUUGCUUCAACUGUCUGCUUUGGAACCGCAUGGUGGCUUCUCACCACUAUUGAAAACAUAUGUAUCCCUGAAUUGCUACCUGAUGGAAGCCCAUGGACAUGUCCUGGUGAUGAUGUUUUUUACCAUGCUUCUGUCAUAUGGGGAGUCAUAGGCCCCCGCAGAAUGUUUGGGGAUUUGGGUAUCUACUCAAAGAUGAAUUGGUUCUUCUUGAUUGGACUUCUUGCCCCAUUUCCAGUAUGGUUUUUUUCGCAAAAGUAUCCUGAGAAGAAAUGGAUCAAGAACAUCCACAUGCCAAUUUUCAUAUCAGGGAUAACAGGUAUGCCGCCAGCUAAAGCUGUGCACUACUGGUCUUGGGGAGCUAUUGGAACCUUGUUCAACUACUUCAUUUACAGAAAGAACAAGGGAUGGUGGGCCAGGCAUAAUUACAUCUUAUCAGCUGGUCUUAGUGCUGGUGUUGGAUUAAUGGGAAUCAUCAUCUUCUUUGCACUUCAAUCCAAGGAUAUCUAUGGUCCUGACUGGUGGGGUCUGGAUAGUGGUGAUCAUUGUCCAUUGGCAAAAUGCCCCACUCAACCUGGGAUUGUGGUGGAGGGAUGCCCUGUUGCUCAGUAACGGGUCUUUCAAAAGGGCAUUUUACUUCCUUUACCUACGAUAACAAAAUGUAAAAUCUGCCAGUCUUAAAGGUUUUUAGCAGAAUUAUGCUUGUCAUUCGUGAUGCAUGACUAUCAGAUUCCUAGUUGUAAUUUGUUUAGCUUUUAUGAUUGGUCCUCCAGUUAGAAUUCA